GUUCAGAUGCAGAUAAAGAGCUCCAGAGGAGACAGAGAGCUGAGAAGAGGUGAAAACAUCACUCUGUACUGCACUGCACUCUGUACCUUCCACCAACUGGAGGUCACCUGGUUCAGAGAUGGCCACGCCCUCUCAGUGUCUGGCCCCGCCCUCCACAUCAUCCCUCUGACUGCAAGGGAUUCUGGGACGUACACCUGUGGUUUGAAGGCCAGCGUCAGCAGCCUCUCCCUGCCGUACAGCCUGAAGGUGGAGGCUGAAGGUGCUGUGGGUGUUGGUGUGAACUAUCCAGCUCCUGUUUGUGCUGUGACAGGAUCGACCGUCACCCUCCCCUGCACCUUCACACCUCUGAAGUUUUUCAUUCAGAAUGGAAGAGCAGUUUCGAUUGAGAUCAUCAGAGUCAUCUGGUGCCAGAACGAUGAUUAUUGUGAGUUCCCUGCCCCGUCUGUGUUUGACAGCAGUUCACAAAACAACAACCCUCGUUACAAAUACCUGGGAGACAAGAAGGGAAACUGCACUUUACAGAUCACAGAUGUACAGAAGGAAGAUGAGGGAAGUCUUCGCUUCAGAAUGGAGGCUGACUACACCAGAGCACAUUUUACUGGACCUCCAGGAGUGAGAGUCACAGUCUCUGAUGUUCAGAUGCAGAUAAAGAGCUCCAGAGGAGACAGAGAGCUGAGAAGAGGUGAAACCGUCACUCUGUACUGCACUGCACUCUGUACCUUCCACCAACUGGAGGUCACCUGGUUCAGAGAUGGCCACGCCCUCUCAGAGUCUGGCCCCGCCCUCCAGCUCGGUCCGCUGACUGCAAGGGAUUCUGGGAAGUACACCUGUGGUUUGAAGACCAGCAGCAGCAGCCUCUCUCUGCCGUACAGCCUGAAGGUGAAGGAAGAGGAGAAAGAGGAGGAAGGAUCCAACAGUGGAUCAGUUGCCCCUCUGCUGAUUGUUCGUCUGGUUCUCUUCACUCUGUGCUCUGUGCUCAUCGUCAUAGCGGCAUCCAUCAUCAUCAGAAGGAAGUGUUUGCAGGAAGCAGCAGCAGAGAGCUGAAAGACGUGACGCCUCCAGACUCUGAUGAGCAGCUGUGACGUCCAGACGGCCGAGGCCAGACUGUCUGACAUCCUCACAUCAUCAUGUCGGUCCCUGUUUUACUGAGCAGGAAUCUUUCUGUAGAUUUACAAGACGUCAAAAUGGUGUCAGAAUAUAUGUUUACCUUUGUAAUAUUGACCAUCUUAGAGAGGUGUUCUGUAGUUUUCAGCGGCCCCUAGCUGUGUGGUUUUUAGAUUGCAACCAGGGAUGUGCUUGUAUGUAUUUUCUCAGCCUGCUCGUUAUAUGACUGCAUUUAGCCGCCGUCACACAUCAACGUUAGCUCCCUGCGGCUUUUCAAUAACUGUAAGGUAUCUUUAGCUCAGCUAUGUGAGCGCAGCUAAAUGUAUUGGAUGAGAACAAAAAUAUUACAAGUUAUUUUGUUGCCACAACUGAUUGUUAUGUGGCUCACGUUAGUUACAGAAGGUGGAGAAGCUGUGGACCUGCUGAUAAUUAUUUAUCUACUAUCGUGUACUUGCCUUCUCUGGCAUUACAACGUCCACUAGGACAUGUCAGGAUUAAUGUGUGUAUGAAAUUGUUACGCCUCUACGUGGAGUUUUCAAGGUGAGGGUUUGCUCGGGGCCAGAUGUCUGAUACUGCUCUAGGUGGUGAGCCAGCUGAUGUUUGUGCUUCUCUGUUGUUUCUCCUUUAAUAAAUACCAGAAGACAA